AUGCUCCCAAACAGCUUCAUUCCAAACAGCCCAAUAAAAGAAAAUAGCCCUGAUUAUCAUGAAAAUCCCAGCCUGAGUGACAGGAUGCACUGCGUGGUGUAUGUUAUACCAGCAGACACGAUUUCCAGGAUGGGAGAUAAAGUCUUCCAAAAACUGAAGAAAGUAAGAGAUGCAGCAUUUAAAAUGGAUCUCAAUCAUGUGAUUUUAAUGACAAAAGUGGACCAGAUCUGCCCACUGACACUUAAAGAUCCGAAAUACGUCUACAACAGCAAGAAGAUCAAGGAUAAAAUGCUUGAAUGCCAUCAUGCACUGGGUGUCAAGAUGAACUGUAUCUUCCCCGUGCAGAACUAUCAUGAGGAAACUGAAAUCAACGAGGACGUAAACUGCCUGAUGCUGCACGCCUUAACACGAAUUGUACAGUGGGCUGACGACUAUGUAGACAAAUGUUCCAACAAUUAAUGUAAUUAGUA